AUGACGCAGGACCCAAUCAGCAAGAUCAUCAGCAAGAAGAAGGAGCUUGAAGCAAUGAGUCCAUCAGAGCUCUCUGCUAAGCGUCCCCGCUCAGUUCAACAUCCUGCCUUGGAAGAAGCAGUGGCCCUCUGGAUUUUGCAGUGCCAGCAUCGUGGAGUUACCCUCACCGGAGACCUGAUCCGUACCAAAGCUGCAAGCUUUUCAACGUCCAUGGAUAUCACGGAUGGAUGA